AUGGCGCUGUCAAUUUCAGUGAAAAUGGCUCCAGGGCCGGAUAAUCGACAGGACCUUACGUCACUUGAUCAAAAUCAACAAGAAUCCAAUGAUCGUAGUGUGAUAAAUGAUACUACUGACGUUGCAGCUGAGAUUAGUCCAAAAGAUGUGUCUAGUGUCGUCAAGUCAUAUCAUUCAAUGAUUGCUUCUGUUGGAAAACUGGAAGAACCAGCGACACUGUCUACACUGAAUGAAAGAGAAUUACGAGCGUUGUUAGAUGAAGCUAUAACCUAUACAGGCUCAACUAAAGAUCGUGAAGGAAAGUCGAAUCUUUUUAAGGAACUUUUACAAGAAGCAGAAGUUGAUGAAACCGAAGAAGGUCGUCGAGCGGUAACAAGUUCUCGAGGUUUACCAGGAUCAAAUCGUCGUAGACAUAAAAGAGACUCUACUUGUGAACGAUUAACUCACGGUGGAUCUUUACAAAAUUUAGCCCAACCACUUAAUUGUGAAUUUGACAGUAGUUUUACUUACCUUACAUCUGGUUCUAGUCAUACUUAUAGUGGUGGUAGAAGAAAAAGUAAAAAACAUUCAGGAUCUAAUGUAUCUGCUCGUCAAAGAGAAGGUGGUUCUUUACCGUCCAACGUAAAUGCUUCUCAUAGUCUCGCCUCUCUUGUUAACUUAGACCUCAUUUUUGACAAAAAGAGAGAUUUUUGUGACGAACGUACUGUUUAUUAUUGGGCUAACAAAGAAAAAUCACGAUCAUUAGACAAACCAUCUUAUGGCUGUGUAACUAAAAAAGAUGAUAGCGUAUGUACAACUGUCGAUGCUAGUGAUGUAAAUGAUAAAAAGUGUCCAAAAGGAAAAUAUGUUACAAAUGAAAUGAUCGAAUCAGAUGAUCUAUCUUCAAGUUAUAAAGAUGAUUCCAUGGUUAAUGGAUUAAAUAACAAAGAUGCAGUAAGCAGUAAUAAUUUGAUCAAUUCACCCCGCAUUAUUCAGUCCAGUGUAAAUGGAGAAGACACGGAGGGUAUUGAGAUGAAAAUAAUUGAACCUCGACGACCAGUUCAAGUAAUAUCGUGCCCUACUUUUGAUACUGAAGAAACAUCCGUCGAUUCUUCUAUCGAAUUUCCUUUACACGAAUAUAAUUGUAAGCAAGAUAAACCCAAGUUUACCAUAAACGGUACGAUCCAGCUAACUACUUAUAACAAUGCCAAAUGUAAUGUCACUAGUGGCACUAUAUCCGGUGUUCAACAAAAUAAGGUUACUACUUCUAAUUUACUUCCUAUAAUGCACGUUACUGGAACGCAACCAAAUAUAGCUAUGGCAGUUUCAAGACUAACUUCGCAAAAUAAUACAACUAAGGAUUUUUCUGUUUCAAUCGAUAAAAAAUCAGUAGACGAUAGUUAUAAUGCUGCGCAGAGUUAUAAUUCUGAACGUAAAAAGACUAGAAGAAAGCAUGCUCAAGAACCAAAUGUCAUCGUUUACAAUGCUGAAAACGUUGCUGGACAUCGUAAUGACGACAUUGAUAGUCUUCUUAAUUUUAUUGAAAGCAAAGAUUCCAAAAACAAAAAAGGAAAAACUUCCAAUGGAAAUACUAUAAAAAUUAAAUCUAACACAGGCCCAAAAUCAAGAAGUAAAGAUAAAGAUUCUAAAAAAGAUCAAUUGCCGUCAAAGUUACAAAAAUGCAACUCUCUUGAAGAAAUAUCUAAAACUAAAUUGGAGGAUCUUACAACUGAAAAAAGUUUGAGUUCAAGUGAGGCUAGCAGUUUUUCCAGUCAACACGGUACUAUCAAUGGUGGGUUAUUGAAAAGAACCAAACAACGUAGCACUGGUGAUUCAGUAGUUGAUAGUCGUGGCGAUCGGCAUUCUUGGGGGUCAGAAAGUCAAUCAUUAUAUUGUGAUGAUGUUAAAAAUGAAUUCAGCAGUAAUAAUAGUAGCACAAGAAAAAAUUCGAAAAAGCUAAAUAUUGAUGUAGAACCUGAACCAGAGUUUUUGGUCGUAACAAAGAAGAAAAAAAGUAAGAGACAACGAAGAAGUUCUAGUGGUAGCCGGACUCAAAAUUUAGUAAACUCUUCAUCUUACUUAUCAAGGAGAAGAGAUUUCGUUCAUGAAUAUAGAGCUUCUCACUCACCGGAAUUUAGAAGAAAGUCCGCUUGCAGUGUACCGCCCAGCGAUAAAUCAGAUAGUAGCGAUUUAGAUUCUGUUCAUUCACUUCCUGUUACUUCGAACAUUAAACACAAUCUUAUCAAUGUUUCUCUGUCGUCUGUUGGAGUACCUCAAGCAAGUUACGCUGACAUCACCCGUAUGGUAACUAUUAACUUGCCUCAAAAUUCUGUUCUUCACACUUCACCUAUUGUGCCAACUAUACUUUCUGCUGAAAAGUGGACAGAUGUCCCUGCUAAAUCUCCAUCAGAGCCAGAUAAAUUUCCUCAAGAUUAUUAUCCAAGUCUUGAUGAACUUCAACAAUCUGACCGAAAAAUUAAACAACAUAACUUUUCAAAUUCUUAUUUAAAUCAUGGUUUUAGUUUAAAUUUUGAUAAACACUCAUUAACAGAUGAUCUAAAAUUAAAAAAGACAACUGAAUCUAAAAAGGCUGAAGCUCAUGAAGAAGCUAUCAAUAAAAAAAUUCAAGUUAUUAAAUAUGUACAGGAACAAAAUAAUAUUCCUGUUAAUACUAAUUAUAAUGCUGAUCAAAAUGAUGUCCAUACUACAAAAAAAUUGAAAAAUUAUAAUAAUAACUCAACAGAACAAUCUAAAACGAGUGUGGCUUGUGUGAAAGAUGUUACUAAUACUACCAAUGCAAACAUUUCAAAUAAUUUUAAACCUUCAAUUCGUAAGAACAGUCAACAAACUCUAUUAAACACAGGCUGUUCAAAUCAAUUGGAAUCCCGUGAUUUAAAAAAAUCGAGUAAUGUUCAAGAAGAACUAAAAUCAUUAAAUACACAACAUAAUCCAGAAUAUAGUAAAAAGUUGAUAAACUUGAAUGCCAGUGAAUGUUCCUUUACAUUAUCAAAUGAUCAAGUGGAUUCAAAAUCUAUACCUCAGCCAAAUUUGAGUGAAUGCGAUAAUUCUAAGCUAGUAAUUAAAUCUGAAAAAAUAUUGAAAUUAGUUAAUAAAGAUUAUCCACGAAAUACUAAGGUAACAACAACAAUAACAACUUCCAAUAGUAUAAGAUCUUCAUCUAUGACAUCAUUGCAGCAUGAAAAAGAAGACGUAGAAACAAAAGAGACAAACAAACAUCACGUAAUUACCAAAGAUAAAGACUUACCAAAAUGUAACUCUCAUAAUUCUGUUAAAAAAAAUUCAAGACCUGCAGUUAUAUUAAUGGAUGAAUCAUUAUCAGAUUCAACAAAAAACACAGACGAUGUUCCAAGUGAACUUACUUUCGGUUUUGAAAUAAAUGAACAACUGCUUCAAUCUGAAGAUAGAACUAAAAAAGAUCAACCAAUUUUACCCUCUAAACCAUCUCAGUCUUCUAAUAAAGUACCAAUACAUUUUGAAAAGACACCGCCUUCGUUUGUUGAUAAAAACACAAGAUACGAUUUCCACGUACAUCCGCCACCGCAUUUAUAUCCACCACAACCGCAUCAAAUUCCUCAUACACAGAUGAUACCAAUCACAUAUUUUGGGUACUCACCGAGAUUUCAACCACCAAAUAAUUAUGUCUCACAACCAUUAAUUGCACCUUCAAAUGCAAUAACAAAAUAUAAUCUUUCUAAAGAAGAUUUUUCAGCCCGUUUUAUUGCACCUGAAGAAACAGUUGAUGUCAAAAAUUAUAACCACGACAAAAUUGUUUCAUUUGUUGGUUUAGCGUGGGAUGCGGUGAUGCGUGAAAUUCCAGUAACUGAAGCAACAGGUCGAGUACAAUAUUACAGCGGUCAAUGA